AUGGACCUUAAAACAACUCUCCCGUCCCAUUCCAAGAGCUACGAUGAAAGGAUGAAGCAGGUUCUUUUUAAUAUCCGCCUGUCCAAGAGACUUGUCCACUUCCUCGCUCUCACACUUUUUCUUAAUCUUUUUCUAACUUAUGGUCUGAUUUUUCACCCGCCACCACCAAGUGUUAGACGUUGUGCAGAAUUUAUCAGGGCGCAAUACCCAGAACUAGUUUUGCCGUCGGCCGCAAAUGUUCCUAGAUCUACCGAUAUAUCGUUGCACAAUGAUGUGGCAGCACCAGGAAAGGUUGAAACAACUGCGAUUGCGGUACGAUCAGCGAGUUCGUUGGACGAAUUGGGAGUGAUGAUUGGCCACAACGUUAGCCAUCAUGGAAUUUGGGACCAUACCCAGCUGGAGUUAAAUUACUCGGAUGUGGCAAUAGAGAACGAGGACUCGGUGCACGUAUUUGGACUUACCAGACCGGAUGGCACUGAAUCGCAAUUUUCCUACCUCGGAAACAGCACUGGAAACCAUGUGUUCAAGAUGGGUAUGGGAGCACCUGUCACAAGUAACAACUCCACGAUCCAUGGAAGGACAACGGUAACUAAGGGUAAACAGUACUUCGCCUGGGGAGGUGUCGAUUUUAUGGUCGACCCCAACAUCAGAGACGGAGGGUACUUGACCGACAGCCAAGCUGAUUGGGACGCGGUACUCGCGCAGGUAAGCUGA